GGGAGGCCGGUGUGGCUUGUAAGUGAGCAGAGGAGAACAGAGAUAGCAGCAGAUGGACCGCAGCUCCCGACAAAUACACUUUUCCACAUGACUCUGUCCCCAAGGUUACUAUGAUGUGCGGGAGGGUUAGCUGAGCAUCUUUUUGAUUUCCUCGGGAUCUUUGCUCGUCUCACAUGGGCAGGUGCAAGAUCAGCAAUGCACCUAAGAAGGGAGUCCUACUAAAUGGUCCAUACAAGACGCCGGGUUCCAUUGUUUUGAGUUUCUAUUAGCUAAGUCCACUUAGAGAGGGCACCUCAGGGGGUACUCACAUUCUCUAUGGUGAAGAUGAGCGUGGACCCCGUGAAGGUGAAGGAGCUCCAAAUCUGCACCUCUUCCAAUGGAGAGAAGAGAGAAUCCUGGAAAGAGACGGAUGAGCUCCAAGAGGACCACCUUGGACUCACCGCCAAACCAAAACAAGUGACAGGCAGACGAGCCCGCAAGGUGGAAGGAGGCGUGUUCUUUCCUAAACCUGAGAACGCCGUGACCAUUGCCGUAUCCACACGGGUUCUGUUCCGAACCGAACUGGAGGAGAAAGUUUUCGAGCAGCACGGCGUGGAGGAGUACCUGAGAUACCAAAUCGAACACGAGAACGAACCCUUCGCCCCUGGACCUGCUUUCCCCUUUGUCAAGGCUCUGGAAACGGUAAACGCUCGUCUACGCGAGUUGUAUCCGCAAAGCGAAGAACUUUUUGACAUCGUGCUGGUGACGUACAACCACGCUCACGUAGGGAUCCGUCUCAUCAAUACAAUCAACCAUCACAAUCUUUUCAUUGAACGCUUUUGCAUGACUGGCGGAAGCAGUCCGAUCGGGUACCUCAAAGCCUGGCAGACCAACCUCUACCUGUCGGCCAACGCAGAAAAGGUCAGGGAGGCGCUGACUGAAGGCAUCGCCGCGGCGACCAUGUUCACGACGGACAAACGGACAGAGGUGUCCGAGACCCAGUUGAGGGUAGCUUUUGACGGAGAUGCCGUUCUCUUCUCCGACGAGUCCGAGCGCAUUUUUAAGGCCCACGGGCUGGACAAGUUCUUCGAACACGAGCGUGAAAAUGAGGACACGUUGCUGGAUCAUGGUCCACUAAAAGGUUUCUUGGAGGCACUAGGGAAGCUCCAGAAGAAGUUUUACGCUAAAGGCCAGCGCCUGGACUGCCCGAUCCGGACCUUCUUAGUGACAGCCAGGAGCGCUGCCAGCUCCGGCAUCCGAGCCUUGAAGACCCUCAGGGCCUGGGGGCUGGAGAUCGACGAGGCCUUGUUCCUGGCUGGGGCGCCCAAGGGCCCCAUGCUGGAGAAGAUCAGACCUCACAUCUACUUUGAUGAUCAGAUGUUUCACGUGGAGGGCGCGGCCGAGAUGGGCACCGUCGCCGCCCACGUGCCUUACGGCGUCGCGCAAAAGCACAACGACAGACAAAACUCCGGCGUGGGCGAGUAGAUAAGAGGAAAGGUGGAAAUGAACAUUUAAAAGUCUCUUCCGAUCCUUUCGUAACUUAGAAGACAGUCUUAUCCCCAAGCUAUUGUUUGCUGCUUUCAAACCACAGAAAGUCAACUUUUUUUUUUUUCUAAAUAUUUUCCUGAAAUUUCAUCUGAAUUUAAAUUUGAAAAACUUAUGGGGGGCAUUUGACUUUAAAGGUUCUACUCUUUGCUUUUUAUAGUUGGUGCCUUAAUUCAAUAAGCACGCCGCUAGCAGUGUUAUUUAAAGCAACACACGUUGGUCCUAUAAAAUGUGUCACAAUAAAUGUAAAACUAAUGCUAA